AUGACCCAAAAGACCCCCCCAACAGCCCAAACCACCACGAUCCAAAACCCUCGUCUCCGCCUGCUCAACAAACUACGCACCUCCGACUACCCCGUAAUGACCUUCAUGGCGCUCCCCUCCGUCCGCAUGGCCCAAGUCGUCGCUCUCACCGGCGUCGACGGGAUCAUCAUCGACUGCGAACACGGCCACAUCUCCGACGACGCGAUGCACAACAGCGUCGCCGCCAUCUCCGCGCUGGGGGUAUCCCCGAUCAUCCGGGUACGGGGUCCCGCGCACGACAUCCUCAAGCGGGCGCUGGACACCGGCACGCACGGCAUCAUGGUCCCGCAGAUCAACACCGCCGAGGAGGCGCGGCAGGUCGUCGCCUCCUCGAAAUUCCCCCCCUACGGGGUGCGGGGCCAGGGGUCGGCGUUCCCGGCCAUCGGGCACGGGCUGACGACCCCCGAGUAUAUGGUGUCGGCCAAUGAGACGAUCAUCACGAUGGUGCAGAUCGAGACGAAGGAGGGGGUGGAGAAUGUCGAGGAGAUUUGUGCGGUGCCCGGGGUGGAUUUGGUGUUUAUUGGGCCGAACGAUCUCGCGCAGGCGCUGUUGGGGUAUGUUCCUGCGCGCGGGGAUGAGCCGGUGUACUUGGAGGCCAUUAACAAAAUUGUGGAGGCGGGGAGGAAGUAUGGGAAGUGGGUGGGCAGGAUGGUCAAUAAUGGGGCGUUGGCCAAGGAGGCGAGGGGCAUGUAUGAUACUGUGGCUAUGACGGGAGAUACUAAGGCGGUGCAGAAUUGGUAUAUUGCUGAGUUGGAGGUUGCGAGGUCUUAG